AACCACAAUCAUUAUUUCCUAAUUUUUAGGUGGAGAAAUGUGAUUCCAUUUCCUAUCUGGAUUUUCUUUCUGUUGUUAUAUAUCACCCAGCUUGUGGCUGUUGUAGUCUAUACCAAAUAUUCUGAUGAAAUGAAGGUCUGUAUAAAGAAUUAAGAGAUGUUGUCGCAGGGAUGGUCCAGCAUGAUCUGGGAGGGGGUGCUUUGCUAGCUCUGGUGCCGAUUUUGCUUGACUACUGCAAAGUCUUGCUUGACUACUGUAUUUGAAUUGUAAUUGUUGUUCACAGUUCACUUAUCAUCAUGUUCUUACUCAAAUUACUGUAUCUCAUUUUGUCUCUAAUAUGUUUUGCUUUAUCAUGAAAAAUAGCACCUUGCCCCCUCUGCUCCUUGCACCCCCAUCCCCUCUAGCCCCCCCCCCCCCCCCCCCCCAAGUAAACCGAUUCCUGUGUUGUGACUGUUGUCUAAUCUCCUUCACAGAAGUGUCGACAUUUCUGCAGUUGUCCACAAUCUGCUGUUGUGUUACAACACAAUACUGAAACCAAGCAAUAUUUGUUUAUUUUUAGCUGGUGUAUCCCUCAGAGGCAUUUGGACCAGUGCUGGUAAGGAGUGUGUAAUAAUUAGCAAAUAUAAAAUAUUUUCCGUGUUGAUAUACAGUUAUAUCAACACGAGUGGAAAUUGGGAAAACGAGAAAUUGUUUAGAGUUUUCCCAAUUUCCACGAGUGUUGAUAUAACUAUAUAUCAAUACGGAAAAAAUGUUUUAUAUUUGUUUUAUAAUAUAACACAAAGAAAUAUAAAGAAAGAAAUUUUCCGACGUUUCCGUGUUGACAUUGAGUUAUAUCAAUACGGCUCUUGGCCAAUCAGCGUUCACAAUUUACAAAUGCUAUAUUAUAAUGCCUAACAAUGCAUUGUUCGACUGCAAUCUCUGGCUUUUUCUCCAGAUUAUAACCCAAAAUAUGACAUAAAUUUAAGAUUUCAUGCUGAUAAAUUUUUCAUGAUUUCUUCGCUAACUAUUUGGAAACGACAAAAUCUACAAAACUACUUUCCAAAAAAAUCUUCACGGGGAGACGCCCCCUAAAUCCCCCCUCCUCAAUCCCCCUUGGUGAGGUACCUUCGGUACCAUAUAUUCGUCUACUUCUUUCAAAAAGUCUCCUGCUCUUGCAACAUGCUAUUAUUACCCAGACAACAAUGUUGUUGUGAUUGUAGAUCAUGGUCGUGUUAGGUAUUCUACAUACUCAAGUUGUUUCUACCACUGUAUCAAAUGUUGAUGGUAUCUCCUUGCGAUCUAGGAGGCAAAGGUUAGAAAAUACAAUUCACAUUUAAUAAGAUAUAGGCUAUACGUUGACACUGUACCACUACCAGAUAGCUUUCCUAGCGACGUGAAAAAACACAUAUCUGUACCUUUUAUAUAUAGGAACGCUAUUUUCAGAGGAAUAAUUGCAACGGAGAGUUGCUGUUUCCCUCAGCUUCUGAAAUUUGUACAUUCUGUAUCGGAUUUGCCGCUUUGAAAUGCUACCCGGUGCGGUGUGAACAUGACCAAAGUUCUUUUUAACGGAUGAUCUGUCUGUUUGCCGCGUUUGUACCGACGGACGAAAUAUCAGACGCACUAUCCAACUUCCUUGUGACCGAUCAUCCCUCCCUGGUACAAAUCGCCCUGGGGCCAGUUAUUCAAAGCUGGGUUAGCUUUGACCCUGGGUUAACCUAAAAUUCAAAGAAAACUUUCCAAUAACUUGUUUAUAAAUUUGGAAAUAUUUCUUCAGAGAUCGUGUAUGAAGUUUUGGAAUAAACAGACGUGCAGAAAUACAUAAACUAAAACAGCAGGCUAAAUUUUAACAAGAGGACCCUGAUGACGAAACAUAUUUUUCUUGAAAUAGAAAGUCACGACGAAAGAAAUCCAAGUCACAACAACAAUAUAAUCAUCUGAACAGUUCAAUUGAAGAUCUUGUCCAGGAAACAACGCAAGAGAAACGAAAUGGAAUAAGAAAACGUGUGAGAAAGAAACCAAGUUCUGAAAAUGUCAAGCAAGUACCAAGCCCAAAACGUAAGAAGUAUCUUGUAAUUUGCUAGUUUUGUAUUUGCUUGUUUACCGUGUAAAAGUUUUUCUAGGAAACAAGGUUUGACUAGGAUAUUUCAUGAAAUCUUCGCUGUAUUUGCCAGGCACCUCACCGGCAGCUGAGCCGAGUGCGACUGACGUCAGCGAUGACGAAGGUGAACGUGAUGACGUACAUCCAGAGAAAUCUCACAGCGAGGGGACUGAGGCCGAGCGCUCUGAGAGGACCGAGGAAGAGUUCUUUGAAAACAAUGGAUCCAGUUCGUCAACUUCUUCAUAUAGUGAUAAUGAAUCGGUCAAAUCUAAUUUUGACGAAGAAGAUCCCUUUAAGUGGGAUAAGGUGAGAGGAAAAAAUGAACGGGAAGCACUGUUUUCAUAUGCGAUUAUGGUGAAAUGGAUGACUCCAGGUAUAGACUAAAUUUUGAUCUAGACAAGAAGAACUUAAUCCAUUGCCAUAGUUGGAAAGAGCAUCUUAAAAUGAGUAAAAUUGUAAAGUUUGGUUGCGAAUUGUUGUAAAAUGAGGAAAAUAUAGCCCCGUGAAGUUCGCAAAUUUUGUAUAUAUUUGCAUUAGGCGCGGGAAACAUUUUUUGAGCCGAAAGUGGUUAUUUUUACCGCGCGUAAUACAAAUAUAUACAAAAUUUGCGAACUUCACAGGACUAUAUAUUCUUCAUUUAACAACAUUUAGCAAGCAAUCUUUGCAGUUUUACGCAUUCUGAGACGCUCUUUCUAGCUGUGGUGUUGGCUUUCGUUCUUCUUGCCUUGAUCUUGAUCUCUCAAGUUUUCGUAUCUGCCACCAAAUACAAGACCACUACAUAUGAAACGAAUUUCUCAUUCUGAGCAGGUUGACCAGCAUUGUCUCACUUGGAAAGCUUACUGAAAUUCUUAGAAUGAUGUUGAAAUUAAAAGCUGAAACAUUGCCCGCCCUCCCAAGGCGUUUAUACUGGAACACUCGUUCAUCAUUUAUUUUACAGAAUGGAAUUCUGAAUGGUGUAACGGCUGGCGCGCCUACUGGAGAAAUGGGUACGAAACAAUUCUUCUGCAUCUGUUGUACUCAAGUAAUAUGUAAUUCUUGUAAGGUAUUAGUGAUGUCAUUCAUGUAUUAUGUGUCAGAACUGAAGUAGACUUUAUUUUCAAACUUUUAGUUAGUGCGUCGAUUUGGGAAGGCCAGCAAUGUAAACGAGUUGAAUUAACGUUAUUGGACAUGAGUUCUGCAAUUAUUAAUAAGAUG